ACUGGCUAGCCACAUCUAUCCCUAAGUAAGUCCUCAGCGCGGCCGGCGGUGAUCGAGCUAGCAUGUCGAGGGAUCCGCUGAUCGUCGGGGGGAUCGUCGGCGACAUCGUCGACUACUUCGACGCGUCGGCGCGGCUGAGGGUGCUGUACAGCAACCGCGAGAUCACCAAUGGGUCCGAGCUGAGGCCGUCGCAGGUGGCGAACCAGCCGACGGUGCAGAUCACAGGGCGACCCGGAUCGCUCUACACGCUGGUGAUGGUAGACCCUGAUGUACCUAGCCCAAGCGACCCUUCCCAACGGGAGUACCUCCACUGGUUGGUCACAGACAUACCAGAACGAGGUGACGUGAGCUGUGGAACUGAGGUGGUGCCGUACGAGAGACCGCAGCCGACGGCGGGGAUCCACCGUGUGGCGUUCGUGGUGUUCCGGCAGGCGGUGCGGCAGGCGAUCUACGCACCAGGCUGGCGCUCCAACUUCGUCACCAGGGACAUUGCGGAGUGCUACAGCCUCGGCGCUCCGGUCGCCGCAGCCUAUUUCAACUGCCAGAGGGAGGGCAGCUGCGGCGGCCGGAGGUACCGGUGAAGCAGCAAAGCUGGUUCUACGCACGUAGGCGCGAUCGCUCCAAGCAGAUGUGUCACACAAAAUAAAUAAGUAAAUGAGUAACUAAUACAUCCUGUGUAGUACUGGCUAGCUAUCUCGACCGGCCGUAUGUAAUUGUCCGAAUAUACGCAUGUACUUGGUGCAUGGCCUAAGCAAAACAGUAAAUAAUUUUAGGGAGCGUCUAUACUUGUGA